AUGGAGCCGGCACCUCCAGACCACCAGCAGCGUCACCGUCUCUCAUGGUCGUCGACUUCUGGUCCUCACGGCGGCGUCCCAUCGUUGCCGCGCCCCCAUAGCUCGACGACGAACCCUCUUCCUCUUCCGCGCGUGCAUAACCACCCACAGCCGCCCUACGCGUCCUUCACACCCCGUCCCGCCGACCUUCACUCUGCGCCGCCUACUCCGGUUCAUCCCAGCCCAGUGUCGCAUCACCCCGAGCCUGAUCGUCGCCAUCAUGAUCAGGAACCUUACGCUCCAAUGCAUGAUCAUUACCAACCGCAGCAGCAGCAGCAUCACCACCACCCCGUCUCCCCAGCGCAAGGGCCUUACCAGCAGUCCUAUCCACCUCGGGACCCGUCUUUGGUGAAGAGGGAACCUCACGACGACUCUCGGCGGUCGAGCUCGACGGGGCAUGCGACUGAUAUCUCGUCCGGACAGCACCCGCCGACCCCCCAUCACUCCCUCCCGCCGCCUCCCUCAUACCCUGACAACCAGCCUCGACACAUGAACUACGACAACGGGCACCCGAUGCCGGGAGGCUAUCGGCAACCCAGCUACCCACCGCCGACUCCUGUGGCACAACAAGCCCAAUAUGAGCCACCGCAUACAUCAUAUUCUUCCAACAACGAUCCAUACUACUCAGUGUACCCCUCUAGCAUUCCCGCAAAGAAAAAGAACACGCGCGCAUCUCAGGUCGGGACCCUCCCUAUAUUUGCGCCGGAAGCGCUUGUCUACCUUGCUUGCGAUCAAUGCCGCCAACUGAAAGCAAAAUGUGACGAAACGAAACCGUGCAAAACUUGUCGAGACAAAGGUCUUGAAUGUCGAUACCGCGACCCGGUCCCAAAAGCCACGGACAAGGCGCAGGCCGAUAUUUUGGAGGGUAUUACCUCAAUGCAGAACACCUUGGUCGCCCUGGUUGAUCGUUUUGACAGAAUGGACAACAGGUUGACGACAGUGGAAAAGGCAUUGAAAGCAGGCGCCCUUUCCAACCCAGCGCCAAUGUUGGUACCGAUAAAAAACGACCCUGUGGGCGAGGAGGAAGCAAAACCGGUGCAACAGUCGCCGAUUGUUAAUGGUCAUGCUGGUGGCGGCGCAACGGGGUAUUAUCAGCCUCAGCCGCAACCACCGCAACUUCACUUACAAACUCGGCCUCAACCGCAAGCACAGGCAGAGGCACAAGAACAGGCACGGGCGCAGGCGCAGGCACAAGAACAAGCACGGGCGCAGGCGCAAGCACAAGAACAAGCACAGGCACAAGCGCAGGCACAGGGGCAAGCGCAAGGACAGGCUCAAGCGCAGGCGCAGACACAGGCGCAACCUCAAACCCAGGGGGCUGAGGCACAAGACCCUGACUACCCGCCCGCGACGCUCCCCUCGAUGAACGAGGAAGAAGCAGAAGCAGAACCUGGCCGACCAAUACCGCCUGGUGAGCCGGCGAUUCCAAUGAAUCAUACUACGCUGGCCGGCCUUCUGCUGGAAUGGCCGUCGAUCCGGGAGUUGACGCGGAAGCAUGUUGAGAAGGUGGGAAUUCGCUAUAUCUCUGAGUAUCCUAUUAGCGUGGAGCAAAGUCGCGGGCCGUUGCUGGUUUAUGGACGCGGAGAGGAUAACCACAGUUACCGACAUAUCGUCAAGGAACCCGAAAAUCAUGGUACCGUGGACAUUGCCGAUGACAAUUCCUCGGAUAUGGCAUCACCGUCACCUGCCGCCGAUUUUGGACUUGUUGGAGGUUUAAGCCCGCCUGAUAUGGUCGAGUACAAGGGAGGUGUACUGGCUUUUGAUGGCACUCCUGAUUUUACUGAGCUGAAAGUCUGGGCAUAUGUGGAAAGUUUUAAGGAUAACAUUCUUAAUAUGCAUCCGAUUAUCACUCCAAAAACUCUGGAGAAUUGGGUUCGCCAGUUUCUCGACAAUCUUCCCAUGUCGCACCCACGAUCGGCUAAACCUCAAGCCGUCAAACCAGCUUUUGCGUUUGCUUCGACGCCAACGCCAACGCCGACAGAACAAACCGGAUCAAAACGCAAGCGCUCCCCUGGACCUGAUGGAAGCGAGACUCCGAUGACUCCCGGGCCGAUUAGGACUGGAAAGCCAGCCCGUUCAGUUCACAGUGCACUCGUGCUUACGAUUCUCGCACUGGGAAAGAUUUGUAUGCAUCGAGACAACAUUCCUGACGUAGUUCACCCUCAACCUACGUCUGACUCUGGUUCUCACGGAAGCCCGAGCAUUCGAAAUGGUGUCAUCCCGCCGUCUUCACCUAGCCAAGGAUCUCCCCCCGGGCCUCAUUCUUACUCGCAGUCUCCAGCCCAGGCUUCACCCAUGGACCAAGCCGGGCGAGGGAGCCACAGCAGGCGGCCAUCUAUACAUGGGACCUCCGGCCACACUCGCCCAGGCUAUAGCCUGAAGAAGAAUUUUGAUGUGAUCCCAGGGCUGGAAUAUUUUGCUUAUGCCACUGACAUUCUGGGCAAUCUUACUGGUUCAUACAAUAACAUGAAAAAUGUGUAUGCCAACAUUUUUGCCAGUCUUUACCAGGGACAGCUGGGUCGGCCUCUGGAGAGUUUUGCCUUCAUCCAUAAGGCCAGCCAUCAGCUACAAGUUCUCAUGCGACCGAGCCUUGAUAAAUUGCAAGCUUUUAAGAAGAAGAAUGAAUUUAUUGUGCAGCCAAAGUACAAUAAUCUUGCGCUGGCUUUUUGGACGUGCCUUCAGCUUGAGAGUGAUCUCAUUGCCGAGUUCCCAUUGCCACCAUCUGGGUUGCUCUCGUACGAAGACGACAUGCCGCAUCCAAGUAUGAUUCUCAUGGCAGGCUUUGACCAGCGAAUUCUGGACAGCUACCCGGGUCAGCUAUAUCUCAGGACCCACUUGAAUAGCAUCCAUCGCAUGUUCUACGCGCCGGAUGAUCCCGAUGGGUCCAUCAACGACAACAAGUUCCAAAAUGUGGAUUUGGUUGCGGAUGCCGUAUCGGGUAUGCACUGGGUCGCGCCUAGUUUGUCUUUCAAGGAAGACGAUCCGCCCGGCGAGGAUAUCCUUUCAGCUCGCCUACGGGCUAAGUACUGGGGUGCUCAAGUCAUCACGUACCGCCCCUUCGUGAGGCAGAUUCUUCAAUUUUCGUACUCGGUUAAGAAUGGAGUACAGGAAGAUGUAGAUGACCCCUCAUCAAGAUGGUCGGAGUUCCGAUCUGGCAUCAUCGCUCCGUUCAUUCAUCCGGACACUAAGUCGUUGAAAGAGAUUGACCCGGCAAUGAUUGGGCUGGCUCGUAAGGGUAUCAAUGCGUUGAUUGAGAGCACCAGGGCUUUUCAUGGCCUGGGCGACCAGCGCCCUAUUAUCACGAAUGUGUUCGGAACCGCUCAUGCACAAUGGGGAAACCUCCUUGUUCUUUCUGCUGCCUUCAAGGACCCUCUUCUGGGGGGUUUCGUUCCGGAACACUUGCUGAAAACACUCUUCCAUAAGACAAUUGCAUUUCUGAAACAGUCAGCUACGGCAACAAGCUCUUUAAGGUUUGACAUGAUCAUCUUGGAGGGCUUGCAACGAGACCUGUUCUCCCCUGAACCUCCUCGAACAAAUUCUAGUUUUUCGAGCCACACCAGCACGACCCAACCGCGGGCUUCCGCGACUGCCACUCCCCAUAUGAGUCAUGUAAUACUCAAUCAAGGCCACGGAACCCCGCCUAUCUCACCAAGAAUGCGGGAGCCCUACAACACGUCAGCCCCUAAUUGA